CCUCGCAUCUAUUCGCAGCUGGACACCAACACGUUAUUCUUCAUUUUCUACUACCAGCAGGGUACUCGCCAGCAAUAUUUGGCGGCACAGGAGCUAAAGAAACAAUCGUGGCGCUACCACAAACGCUUCCAAACCUGGUUUCAACGCCAUGAGAAACCCCUCGAGAUCAACACGGAACGCGAGGUGGGAAGCUAUCUCUACUUUGAUUUCGAGUCUUCUUGGUGCCAGCGCAAGCGGGACAAGUUUGUGUUUGAGUACCGAUACCUCGAAGAUGAAAGCCAAAUGCCUCAGGUGUCUCCCGGUCCCGUGGCUUAAAUACGCGGCCUGGGUUGAUUGGAAUGCGCAGUGCGCUUCUUGUUCGUUUGUCCGUUACGUUCUUGGGAUGUGUUGGAACAUCAUCUGUUUAACGUUUCCAACUUGUUUUGCCCCCGUACUACGUGCCCCUUCUCUUGUCGUUUUGGUUUACCUUGUCCUGUGUCACACGAGCAUGUGCUUCGUUGGGUGUGACUUCUUCUUUGCAAAGCAUUGGGUGUGUGCGGCUGCUUGUCCCAAUCUUCCACAAAUCCACGUCCACAUCUCG